AUGUUUAAACAAAAAGAGACUGAUCGAGACAUAAUCAUAUCGAGAGAUGGUGAACAAGGGGAUGAAUCUUCAGAUUUGAAGAGUUCUCAGUUUGCGAAAGGAAGGACAAAAUCUAUCCAUCCACCCAUUGAAUCCCAUUGGCUUCUCCGUCCUCCGGAACAAAAUAAGCCUUCUUCUUCAUUGCCUAAACCAGGCAUCAAGUCAAUGUUAAAUUACCCUCUCAAGAUUCGGGACUCAUUGAAGAAACUUGGAAGGAGCAAAAGCUUGCAAAUAGUCCUUGAGGGAGUUCAUGAUCCAAAAGAUGAACAACUUAUUGAUUCCUUCCGCCAACAGCUUUUUGCUGAAGGCCAUUUAAUGGGGAAGCACAAUGACUAUCAUACUCUUUUACGGUUUCUCCGAACGAGAGACUUUGACAGUUCCAAAGCAAAGGACUCGUUUGUGAAUUAUCUCAAGUGGCGUGAGGAAUAUGGGGUUGAUGCAAUUCCAAAGGAAUUUAAGUUUGAGGAAUAUGCAGAAGUAAAGAAAUGUUAUCCUCAUGGAUAUCAUGGGGUUGAUAGAUAUGGAAGACCGAUAUAUGUUGAACGGCUUGGAAUGGUAGACCUUAAUGCCUUGUUACAGGCAACUACCGUUGAAAGAUUUGUCAAGUAUCACGUGUCCGAACAAGAGAAGACGUUAAAUUUGAGGUUCCCUGCAUGUUCAGUUGCAGCUAAGAGGUAUAUAGCAUCCACCACAAGUAUCUUGGAUGUGAAGGGAGUGGGAAUGUCCAAUUUUUCAAAGCCUGCAAGAUGUCUCUUCGUGGAAAUUCAGAAAAUUGAUAGCAACUACUAUCCAGAGCUAACCAUGGCAAUUUCAUUUGCCACAUUUGAUCUUUUGAACUUCCAUUGUGCCUUUUCAUACUUUAUUUUGGACUAUAGUUAUGGCUGGGAAAGCUUGCCAAGACGUUCUAGGUGGACACGGUUUUAUAGAUUGUUCAAUUUUGCAAGUAGGAUUAGGUUAUGCUUAUCUCUAGGAAGACCAAGUGGUGCAGCUGUUUCGAGGAUCAAUGCUGGAAAUGGGUUCAGGAUACUGUGGAAAGCACUCAGGGCUUUUCUUGAUGCACGCACAUUAGCGAAGAUUCAAGUAUUGGGAAGCAACUACCUAAGUAACCUGCUUGAAGUUAUUGAUCAAAGGUGCGAUGUCCAUGCAAAUCUUCGGCAUAUUAAUUUGCCCAGUUUUCUGGGAGGGAACUGCACAUGCUCUGAUUAUGGUGGUUGCCUGUUUAGUGAUAAAGGACCCUGGAAGAACCCAGAAAUUCUAGAAAUGCUUCAGUCAACUUCUACAAUAGAAGACAUUUACAAUACUGAAUCAAAGAGUGGUGUUGCUUCAGAGGAGGCUAUGGGCAUUAGCCAAAAUGAAGAUACCAGGGAUGCAAGCCCCGUACUAGAAGAGGAAACAAAAGUUGUUGGAAAAACUGAGGCGCAGAAAAUCCAGGCACUGGAAGAUGCACUUAUGAACACCAACAAAGAAAUCCAAGCAUUGAAAACUGCUCUUGACAGCACGAAGGCGCGUAUGCUAAGACUGUCCGGUGUUUCUUUGGCUGCAAUCAAGAAGAGGCCCUUAUUUCGACUUGACGUGAAGAAUGCCUAUAGCGGGGUAGGUUGCCGAGAUUGGUGUUUUUUAAAGAAUCUAAAGGAGAAGUUGGGUUUGGACCGUGGAGGAAAGAUUAAUAAAUGUUAUCAAUAUAAAGAUUAA